AUGGUUGUCGGCCUUAUCUCCAUGGGCUGUGAAACGCGUCCCGUGGUGCUUGGCCUAUUUUCCUCGGAGUACCGUUGCAUCUGGGGAGAACUACUACUUACUUCUGCCCUGUUUGAACAAGGUGAACGAAAACCAGUGAAAAACACGAACUUACUCAGCCCGGGAAUCUUGAUCGAAAGUCUAUAUUGGAUCAACAUUGAAUCAACAUUCAAGGUCUCUGUUACCAUAACAACGCGUAACUAUUCAAAAGUGUUAGCUGUCACGCUGGAGUCCUCAACUCGACAAAUAAAGGAUGCAACUCCGUUGGCACAGUCCAAAAAGAAUUUGGGACAGGUUUUGAGGAAGAGUGCACUCGUUCUUGGCUCACGCGUAUCAAGCUGUGUUUCCAAGAAGUCUGAAGGUGAAAAACGCCAGUCUAGACCAUCAAUAAGAUUGAUUGACGCCAAUGGCACUGACCUUACACCGCUUCCACUUUUACCUGAGGAUAGGAGGAAUAAAGAAGAGAAAGAUAUAAGCACUGAGUUCUCUCAGACUUCAGUGCAGAGUGGGAGUAGUCUACACAUAACAAAUCCAUUUGCUUUCACUCGUUCGUUCGUCAGUGGAUCGAGUCCAACAGGAGAUUCUAACUCUGAGGUCAGCGAUGAGAAUGUGGACAGGUUCAGGGGUUACGCGGAGGUCAAAACGCUGGCCCAGCCGCAAAGAGAGGUUUUGUCGGAAGCCGAUUUGAACAAGUUGGUGGAUGUUAAAAUCGCUGAAACUGACACAUUCUGGAUAUUUGAUCGCGCCCCAACAGUUACGUCACAAGACGCCGAUGACGCACAACAACAAACCAAACGCACUGCAGCGUACAAGGCAUUACUUGCAGCCAGAGCUGGAAACGACCGAUACAUGGAACGUGGAAUGAAUACAUCCAAUAAUCCUGUGAUUUCCAAGUCUGUCCAGACAAUACGUAUCAUUACCCAUGAGCGUGCUGCAAUGGCAACCGUAUGGGACAUGGCAGACACGUUUAAGGAAGAAGAAGCUACGGAACACUCAGAUGUGAGAAUUCAGAUGCGCCCAACAUACGCUGGUGGAAUAGUGGUAACACGCUCGCCUCGCAUGUCAGGUGUCCGGAUUUCAAACCCCGACACGGCCACUGGAUGUGCACUGCUGAUGAGCUCUAACAACAGCGAAACUCGAGUCCAAUGCUCCCCCCUUUGGAGGACGACUGUUCAAAACGAGAAUGAUGUAAGACUGAAAACCGUAUACUUGAAGUAUGGCCUUGCAGGAGGAACCGCGGACCAGACAAAUCGGGCCGUCUUACAGGACUUCGCUGUGGCCGCUGAGCCUAUUGUAGGGGCUACAGACAGUGCUGGCUUAGGAAAUUCUACUACACCCAAAGAUACGAUGGUGUCCAACUCUGAGUCCGACCUUUUUGGUUUCCGCUACAGUGCUGUGACACAGACUAACUUUUACCCGAAGGCAAUGGAUAUUCUCAAACUUCCUAGGUUGGUACAAGAUAUCGACCGUAUGGAGCGAGCAUUGAACGUCAACACUUACUACGACAAACUUUUGCAAUAUGAAGCCUUGCACCUUCGAACAAUAAUGACCCCAUUGACCCUCGAUCGGUCGGACACUGAUCCCUCAAGCACAGGCCCCAAAGUUCCCGGUAUGAGAACUCCAUCGCUGGAUGAUAAUUCAGCUGGACAGCCACCUGGCGCCAAGCACUCCAAUGCAGGUGGGACAGCAAGUGGGCACAGCAUGGGCAGCACUUCACAAACUGGAAUACCACUGCAUGGGAAGGGAGUUGACGUAGACAGCCCUGCUGCAACAAUGAAUCCAGAUACAAGUCUCCUGUGGAGAUAUCAGUGUCAUCUGACAAAAGGUCGAAACGUUACGGAUAUGGCGUGGAAUAAAGAGAAUCCAAAUAUUCUGGCAGUGGGCUACGGAAAGUUUGAAUUUGAAAAUCAAAAGAAAGGUUUGGUUUGCUGCUGGUCAUUGAAGUUCAUUGAAUAUCCGGAACGAUUUUAUGAAACACCAAGUGCAGUUACAGCCGUGGGCUGGUCAAAGAUUCACUCAAAUCUUCUAGCGGUUGGGAUGUUCAGUGGCGUAAUCUACGUAUAUGACGUCAGAAAAAAUGACCCUACUCCGGUAAUUGACACAACGCAUGCAGCUGGACGGCACCUGGGGGCUGUUCGAAAGGUUCAGUGGGUUGUGCGUCAGUCUGGACGUGCAGAGAAUUUAUCCGAAGUCCUCGUGUCAGUUUCGACUGAUGGCCGCGUAACGGAAUGGUCUGUUCGCAAAGGAUUCGAUAGUACGGGUGACUGUGACUAUCACACAGACCUGAUGGUUCUCAAACGUUCCUACGUCAGCGCUCCUGGAACAGUGAACAAACCCAAACGUAGUGAGUCGUUAAUCUCACGAACCGCAUUUGGAUCUUGCAUGGCAUUCAACAAGCGUGAUCCAAGCAUCUAUGUGGUCGGUACAGAGGAGGGACCCAUCCACAAAUGCUCUUGUUCAUACAACGAACAGUAUUUGGAAACAUUCCUUGGCCAUACAGCUCCAGUUUACCAAAUCGAAUGGUCUCCAUUCGUCCCAGACGUAUUUUUAUCGUGCUCUGCGGACUGGACGAUCAAGUUGUGGCACCUGGAUCACACCUCCGCUCUGACAAGCAUUCAGACACAUAUUAGCAUGGUUUCAUCCAUAUCCUGGUCACCAUACCACUCACUGAUUUUCGCAUCUGCGAACGAGUCAGCGCUGGAAAUUUGGAAUCUUGACAGCUCCACGAUCGAACCAUAUGUAAUCGAAACGGUGUCCAGUGAUUCCAACAUGACCUCGGUGCUUUUCUCUGAAUGCAGCGAUAGUGUACUUGUUGGCGAUAAUCAAGGUACGGUACACGUGUAUGGCAUGGAAGAUUUCCCAGAGACUCCAACAAACACUUUAUCUCAGGCUGCAACUCUUGCCGAAAUUCUUCAGACAUGUAUAAAAGACCAGUCUUGAUGGUGGUUGAUCAGAAGGACGACCAAAUAGCCGUUGAACUGGCUGUGUUUCUUCAAGGGCAAACAAGAAUAAAGUUACUACUAUUUGAACUGAGCACGCUUUAUUGCGCUUUGGGGAGGGAGAAAAACUCCCAAGUGUGAUGUGCUGUUUUAUAUCCGAUGUGCUGUUUAGUCCUGAA